CGCUCGUGCGUUCGUUCGUUUCCGUCCCGCUUCAAUAGACGCCCAGGCGAGAGUACUAGUGCGAACUUCACUUUACGUGGACAUACUUCAUUUGAAAAAGUAGAGUUUUUCUUUAAAAUUCCUAACCUUAUAUCCACGUAAUUACGUGGAUUUGGUGUGAAUAGACACAGCGAUUAAAAUAAGGACAUUUUAUACUGCAUUUAGUGAGUACUCGGUUCCCACAAAUUAACUAAAAAUGAGUCGCUUUUUUGCCACUGGCUCAGACUCUGAGUCUGACUCCUCCAGCGAGGAGGAACAGAUUGUACGCCAACCAGCAGCUCCUUUCACUUAUAGUGAUGAUGAGGAAGAAACAAAGAGAGUGGUUAGAUCCACCAAAGAAAAAAGGUAUGAGGAGCUCACGAAUUUGAUCAAAUUGAUCAGAAAUUAUAAAAAGAUCAAGGAUAUGAGCUGCAUGCUAAGUUCCUUUGAGGAUUUGGUAAGAGCUUAUCAAAAGGCUUUGCCUGUUAUUUCAAAAGAAGAAAGUGGAAACACUCCUCGAUUCUUUGUGCGAUGUUUGGUUGAGAUGGAAGACUUUAUAAACGAAGUUUGGGAGGAUAGAGAAGGUCGUAAAAAUAUGUCCAAAAAUAAUUCCAAGUCUUUGGCUUCUUUGCGUCAAAAACUGAGAAAGCACAAUAAAGACUAUGAGGAAGAAAUUACCAAGUUCCGUGAAAAUCCAGAUCAAGAAGAUGAUGAAGAAGAAAAGGCCGAAGAACCAGAUUCUGAUAAUGAAAAAGAGCGUGUUCCUGAUAAAAAGCAAGAUGUAGGUGCUCCAGAUGUUUCGAAAUUCAAGAAAGGAGCAGAUGAUGGCGGCAGUGAUAGCGAUUCAGACUGGGGAAGCGAUUCUGAUAGUGACAGCGCUAGCAGCACAGAUGACGAUAAACCUCAGCAAUAUGGUGCAGAUUAUUUUAGAAAAACCCAUAAAGAUGGUGAUGAUGAACAAAAGCAGGUAAAAAAAGAGCACCGUAAAGAUCGCAAGGAGAAGGAUAGGAAGAAGAAGCGCGAAGAAGACGAUGGUGAAGGAGAAUGGGAAACAGUCAGAGGUGGAGUUGCUAUGCCUUCGGAGAAGCCAAAAAUGUUUGCCAAGGAUGCUGAGAUCAAUAUUCCUGCUGUAUUGAAGAAAUUGAAUGAAAUUAUGGCGGCUCGUGGCAAAAAAAGAACCGACAGGAGAGAACAAAUUGAAUUACUACACGAAUUGCAAUUAAUUUCUGAUGCCCACAAUCUUGGCCCUGCAAUGUCCGUUAAAAUUAAAUUUUCUAUCGUUUCUUCACUAUUUGAUUACAACCCUAAAGUGUCCGAUGCAAUGAAGCCUGAAUACUGGUCCAAACUUUUGGAUCGCAUCACGGAAAUGUUGAAUUUGAUACUGGCUACACCAGAUAUGAUUAUUGCUGAUUCCGUUCCUGAAGAUGAAGAAGAAUUUGAGAAGCUUCCCUACAAGAUACACGGCUGUGCACUCACAUUAGUUGAAAGAUUAGACGAGGAAUUCACUAAGCUUUUGAAAGAAUGCGAUCCUCACAGCAAUGAAUAUGUUGAAAGGCUGAAGGAUGAAAAAAUGGUGUCUGCAACUAUAGAUAAAGUGCAAGAAUACUUGGAAAGAAAAGGUACUGUGUCUGAGCUGUGUCGUGUCUACCUACGCAAAAUUGAACAUCUCUACUAUAAAUUUGAUCCUACUGUUUUGAAGCAAAAAGAGGGUGAGCUUGGACCUGAAGUCGUUACCUCAGUGCAAGUUAUGGAAAAACUCUGCAAAUAUAUUUAUGCACAUGAUGAAAUAGAUCGGCUCAGAACAAGAGCGAUCCUGUCACACAUUUAUCAUCAUGCAUUGCACGACAAUUGGUUUCAAGCUCGUGAUCUUAUACUUAUGUCCCAUUUGCAAGAAACAAUUCAGCAUUCAGACCCCUCUACACAGAUUUUGUACAACCGCACCAUCGCUCAUCUUGGAUUGUGUGCAUUCCGCCAUGCAAAUAUUAAAGAUGCCCAUGGUUGUCUUUUAGAUUUGAUGAUGACAGGCAAAGUAAAAGAGCUUUUGGCCCAAGGUUUGCUUCCUCAAAGGCAGCACGAGCGUAGCAAAGAACAAGAAAAAAUUGAGAAGCAGCGUCAAAUGCCCUUCCAUAUGCACAUUAAUCUUGAAUUGCUCGAGUGCGUAUAUCUUGUUUCAGCAAUGCUUAUUGAAAUCCCGUACAUGGCUGCUCAUGAAUUCGAUGCCAGAAGAAGAAUGAUUUCCAAGACAUUCUACCAGCAGCUCAGAUCUAGUGAACGUCAGUCGCUAGUUGGUCCUCCUGAAUCAAUGAGAGAACAUGUUGUUGCAGCAUCGAAAGCUAUGCGCAAUGGAAAUUGGCAAGCUUGCAAUAAUUUUAUCAUUAACGAAAAGAUGAACGCUAAAGUUUGGGAUUUGUUCUAUCAAGCUGAUAAAGUAAGAGCUAUGCUUACAAAGCUAAUCAAGGAAGAAGCUUUGAGAACUUAUCUUUUUACAUAUUCUCAUGUUUAUGACUCAAUAUCCAUGCCAACUUUAGCUGAUAUGUUCCAACUGGAUAAAUCUAUCGUCCAUUCCAUUAUUAGUAAAAUGAUCAUCAACGAAGAACUUAUGGCAUCACUGGACGAUCCAACAGUUACUGUGGUAAUGCACCGCAGUGAACCGAGCCGCUUACAAUCAUUGGCAUUACAACUAACAGAUAAAGUAAACAACUUUGUUGAUUCAAAUGAGCGCAUCUUUGAAAUGAAAUCAGGAAACUUCUUCCCAAGAGGCAAUCAAGGUAACUUCCGCGAUCGUCAAAAUUAUAACAGACAAGGACAGGACUGGAACCGUCAAAAACGUGAUCAACGGAACCGUGACGAGAAUCGCAAUUACUAAAUUUUACUAGUAAAAAAGAAUAAACAACAUGUGUACAUUUUUACUCAAUUAAAAAAAUUUAGUAACUA